AUGCUCCACCAUAUUGCAUUUCCGUUUCUAGCGAGCUUUCAGGUUGAUUUCAGCAGCCGUACGCGCCGUGAUCAUCGCACAAGCAAUGGCGGAGGUUCGGAUAUGAAUCGUGGAAUGUCUGGCAUGGGUGGCGGUAUGCAGCGUGGUCCCAUGUCAGGCAUGGGUGGUGGGCACCGUGGUGCGGGCAGCUUCUCGGGCAUGGCGUUUUCCGAAUCUGAGCUGAUGAGCGAUUUGCCUAAGAAGAAGUUCACUGGGCGUUGCCGUCUUUUUGUUGGAAAUCUUCCCAACGAAGUGAAGGAGGCUGAACUCAAAGAGCUUUUCUCACCACACGGCGACAUUGCGGAGUGUUAUCUCAGUGGGAAAGGAUUCGCUUUUCUGAGAAUGGAUACCCGUGCUCAUGCUGAAAGCGCAAAGGAGGCAAUCGACGGUCGUGUCAUUCACGGGCGCCAAGUCCGCGUACGAUUCGCCGUUCACGGCGCUGCUCUGCGAGUAAAAGAGCUCUCUCCUACCGUAUCAAAUGAGAUGUUGUAUCAUGCAUUCUCUCACUUUGGCGAUGUUGAGCGUGCUGUACACAUUGUCGACGAGAAAGGUCGCCCAACUGGUGAGGGCAUUGUCGAGUUUGAACGAAAGCCUUCAUGCAACGAAGCCAUUUCUGCCAUAAAGGAGAAAGUCUUCUUGCUGACAGCGAGCCCCAAACCUCUUAUCGUCGAAAUUCUCGAGCCGAGAGACGAGGACGACGGACUUGCAGAGAGAAUGAUUCCUAGAACUUCUCAACUAAUUAAGGAGCGUGAAUUUGGUCCUCGUUUUCCCGCUCGUAACACUUUCGAAUUUGUGUACGGGAUGAAGUGGAAGGAGCUGUAUGAAAUGGAGAAACAGCGUAGAGCCCAGCUGGAAGAUGAGCUGAGAGAGGCACGUCGUCGACUCGAAUCUGACAUGGAGCUAGCUUAUCAGGACUAUCAAGCGCAGAUGCUUCGUGAGGAUCUACAACGUCGUCAGCAAGAACUUGAGCGACUCGAGGCUGCUCGUCGUGAGCGCAUGAGUAUGAGGACGGCUGCUGGCGGUCCUGGUGGGCCACCAGGUCAUGGAGGUUCAGGAAUGAUGGGCCAUGGUGGACCGAUGCAAAGCUACGGCCAGCCAGGACCAUAUGGGCAACCGAUGGGAGGACCGCCAAUGGGAGGUCCAAUGGGAGGACCGAUGGGUGGACCGAUGGGAGGACCAAUGGGCGGACCAAUGGGCGGAUAUCAACCAUAUACUCAAGGAGGACCUGGAGGACCUGGAGGACCAGGUGGACCAGUAGGUGGCUCGCAAGGACCAGGAGGACAACAAGGACCAGGAGGACCUGGAGGUCCUGGAGGUCCUGGAGGACCAGGUGGGCCUGGAGGACCUAGAGGAGGAAGGGAAUCUGGAAAUCAGCGCCCACCUCAGACGAAUAAUAUGUUGGAAGGAGUACAACGCCUCCUACAAAUUUUCAAGAAUGAUCAGCCAGGUCAGCAGAGACCGUUAUCCGGAUCUGGACCAUUCGGCUCCGGUGGACCUGGUGGUCCCGGUGGCCCAGGACCCGUUGCUCCCUUCGUCGGAGGGCCCGGAGGACCUGGUGACUAUCCACCUGAGAAAAGGAUGCGCCGCUAG